AUGGGAUCUGUUCCAGACACUCACUUCUCGGAGAUUCCGCAGCUCACCCCUCUCGAGCAGAUUAGCCCUAGAGGGUGGGUGCGUUAUCUCUUUCCAUUCAAACUCUCAGAAGACUAUCAGCCUGAAGCUAUCGCCGAUAUCCUUCGCAGGAGUCUCCUGGCUACCAAGCAGCGCCUUCCAACAUUGGCUUGCGAGGCUGUCCCCGACCCUGAUGCGAGACAAGCCAACGCUAUCAAGCUUCAAAGAAUUACCGACAACGAGAUCGAGCCAGUCAUCAUCAAUGAUCUACGUCAUUCAGAAACCUUCACGAUAUCGUUCAAAGAGCUUGAGGUCAAGCACUUCCCUGUCUCGAGCUUCCCAGCUGAAGUCUUCACCCGCUGCCCUAUCUGGCCUGCCCCUGGACAACGGAUACCAAUUACAAUCGUACAAGCCAACUUUAUCCGCGGUGGCUUGAUUCUCAAUUGGAAUCUUUUCCACCUUGUAGGCGACGGACAAACAUUCUACAACUGGAUUCGGGUGUGGGCCGAAGAAACUCGUCGGGCUCAGGGUCUAGCGAUUUCGGACCCAGUUCGCUAUGAUGACUGCAUAUACAUGGACCGCCAAAUUGCACAGGGGUUUCCACAGAUACUUCCCAAGGGCAUGGCCGGACGUCUCGAAGACCACUCCGAGUACACCAUCGUCACUGAUCCUGCGACGCAGCUGGCCAAGAUCGCCACAACAGAUGGCCACAUUGGACAAGUCUUCUAUCUAUCCCAAGAAUCGCUAAGGAGAUUAAAGGAGGAUGCCCAGCCUCGAACAGGAGACGGGUCCUACGUAUCGACCAAUGACGCGCUCUCAGCCUUGAUAUGGCGGAGCAUUAUGGCAGCACAAUUUGACUUGGCUCAGCUAGACGGCAGCGAGAAUUCUGUUUUCAACAUCGCCAUUGACGGCCGAGGACGAAGCCGACCACUAAUCCACCCUGAAGCUAUGGGCAGUUUCCUUGGCUUCAUUCAAGUCGAGCUUCCCAUCAGGGAGAUUCUUGAGGCCGACAACCUCGCAACCUUGUCAUUGCUGAUUCGCAAAGCCGUCAUUGCCAUGGAUGAGAAGUUCGCAGGCUCCUUCAUCAACGAUGUCAUUCAGCUCGUAAAUGACCAGGAUGAUCUCGGUGCACUGAUACCAACGUCGUUUUUGGACGUGCCUGGGCGGAACUGCGCGCAGACGUCUUGGGAAAAGUUCAAGAUGUAUGAUUUGAACUGGGGCAACGCUCUUGGGGGCAAGAUUGCUGCCAUCCGCUCACCUAGCUGCGGUAUUCUGAAUGGCAUGCAGAUCAUGUAUCCUCAACACCCCGAUGGGGGUCGUGAGAUGCUGGUCGGAAUUUACGAGAGUUGCUUGGACAAACUUUGCAACGACCCGACUUGGGCUAGAUAUGCAAAGCGUCGAUAG